AUGGAUGACACCAUGCUGUCAUCUAUAGGAGUCCGAUCCCACUGGUGCCAGCCAAAGGGUUACUACGACGUGAUGGGGCACUUUGACAGCACGUUCAACUGCUCCAAGGGCAGCUACAUCUACUGCUGUGGUACCUGCCACUACCGGUUCUGCUGCGAGCACCAGAGGAGCCGGUUGGACCAGGAGUCCUGCAACAACUACCACUCCCCCGUCUGGGCCGACCCGCAGGUCCCCGUCACCGUGCCCGUGGGCAACAAGCCCGACCCGGACUUUGAGACGCUCCAGCAGCAGAACAGCAGUACGGCCUACGUGAUCGGAGGGGUGAUCUCCUUCACGCUGGUGGUGGCGGUGGGCGUCAGGAUCGCCUUCAGCAAGGUGGCGCGCCGACCCCGCAACAGGGACAUCAACAUGCCCAGAUCACUGGUGGAUAUCUUGCGUCACCAGUCGAGCCCGGUGCAGCCGGGAGAGAGGAACAACUCCACCACCACCUCAGACGGACGAACAUCCAAAAACCUCUACACCCCCGUCCUGCAGAGCAAAGACAACCGCAGUAAGUGA